AUGGGCAAGGAUCUCAGCGACGACCAGGUCCACUCGAUGAAGGAGGCCUUCGUCCUCUUCGACACCGACGGCGACGGCAAAAUCGCCCCCUCUGAGCUCGGGAUCCUGAUGCGCUCUCUGGGCGGGAACCCAACCCAGGCCCAGCUCAAGGCCAUCGUCGCGGAGGAGAAGCUAACCGCUCCUUUCGAUUUCCCGAGGUUCCUCGACAUCAUGGGGAAGCACAUGAAGACCGAGCCCUUCGAUCGACAGCUCCGCGACGCCUUCAAGGUGCUCGACAAGGAUUCCACUGGGUUCGUCUCCGUUCAGGAUCUGCGUCACAUCUUGACCAGCAUUGGGGAGAAGCUGGAGCCGGCGGAGUUCGACGAGUGGAUCCGGGAGGUGGACGUCGGGUCGGAUGGGAAGAUCAAGUACGAGGAUUUCAUUGCGAGGAUGGUUGCGAAGUGA